AUGGCCCCCCAACACCUCCGUCGGCCCCCGCAGGCCCCGCCCGUCUUCACGGCAACCGCCCAGUCGAUCGUCGACGACGCCAAGCGCCUGAUCGAGACCUCCCGCAAGGUCCAGGACGAUGUCGUUGCCUCCGUGAAGCCUGACACGGCCUCCUUCGCCUCUGUCCUCAAGCCCCUUGCGCAGGAUGAGAACGUCAUGGCUCUCGAAUCCCACAUCCUCGGCUUCUACCAGGCGGUGUCGACCGAACAGCAGCUGCGCGAUGCCUCCUCCAAAGCCGAAGAGCUGAUGGACGAGUUCUUCAUUGAGUCUGCCAUGCGCGAGGAUGUCUUCAAGCUCGUCGACGCUGUGCUGUCCAAGAACGAGUCUCUCGAUCCCGAAUCCCGUCGGCUCCUCGAGAAGGAGCACAAGGACUUCAUCCGCAACGGCCUCGGUCUCCCCGCUGGCCCCCAGCGGGACCGCUUCAAAGAGAUCAAGAAGCGGCUCAGUCAGAUCAGCAUUGAGUUCCAGAAGAACCUGAACGAGGAGAACGGCGGCCUGUGGUUCACCCCGGCCGAGCUGGAGGGCGUGCCGGAGGACGUCCUGUCGGGCCUCAAGAAGGGUGAGGGCGAGCACGAGGGUAAGCUCUGGCUCACCUUCAAGUACCCGGACCUUUUCCCUACGAUGAAGUACGCCAAGAACCCCGAGACGCGCAAGAAGGUCAUGAUCGAGAACGAGAACAAGUGCAACCAGAAUGUGCCCCUCUUCCGCGAGGCCAUCAUCCUGCGCGACGAGGCCGCCCGUCUGCUCGGAUACCCGAACCACGCAGCCUUCCGUAUUGAGGACAAGAUGGCCAAGACGCCGGAGACUGUCGACACUUUUCUCGGAGACCUGCGCUCGCGCCUCACGGCCGGCGGUCAGAAGGAGAUCCAGAGCCUGCUGCAGCUGAAGAAGGCCGACCUCGAGGCGCGGGGUGAGAGCUUCGACGGCCACUACUACCUCUGGGACCACCGGUUCUACGAUCGUCUUAUGCUCGAGAAGGACUACUCGCUGGACCAGCAGCAGAUCGCCGAGUACUUCCCGCUGCAGACGACCAUCGAGGGCAUGCUGAAGAUCUUCGAGGAGCUGUUUGGACUCGUUUUCGUGGAGAUCACGGGUGACGACCGGGCGCAGGUGGCACCCACCGGCAAGGGUAGCGACAUCGUCUGGCACGAGGACGUGCAGAUCUUCAGCGUGUGGGACGACGCCGCCGAGGGCAACGGCUUUGUCGGAUACCUCUACCUGGAUCUAUUCCCGCGCCCCGGCAAGUACGGCCAUGCGGCCAACUUCAACCUCCAGCCGGGCUUCAUCGAUGCUAAUGGCCAGCGCCGCUACCCUGCCACGGCCCUGGUGUGCAACUUCACUAAGCCGACGCCCAAGAAGCCGAGUCUGCUGAAGCACGACGAGGUGGUGACGCUGUUCCACGAGCUGGGGCACGGCAUCCACGACCUCGUCUCCAAGACGAUCUACUCGCGGUUCCACGGCACCAACACGGUGCGCGACUUUGUCGAGGCGCCCAGCCAGAUGCUGGAGAACUGGUGCUGGACGCCGUCGCAGCUCAAGGCGCUGAGCCACCACUACGCCAGCCUGUCGCCCGAGUACCGCGCAGCGUGGCAGGAGCAGGCAGGCGCCGAUAAGCCGGUGCCGGACGCGCAGAUUCCUGACGAGAUCAUCGCCAACCUCAUCCGCACCAAACACGUCAACGAUGCGCUGUUCAACCUGCGCCAGCUGCACUUUGGUAUCUUCGACAUGACCGUGCACGAGCCCGCCAGCCAUGAGGAGAUCGAGAAGCUGCCCAUCUCGGCCACAUACAACCAGCUGCGCAAGCAGAUCACGCAGAUGGAAGGGCCUGAGAGCACUGGCCUGGGAGAUGAAUGGGGACACGGCGAGGCCACCUUUGGCCAUUUGAUUGGGGGUUAUGACGCGGGCUACUAUGGGUAUCUGAGCUCGCAAGUAUAUUCGACCGAUAUGUUCUACACGGUGUUCAAGGCGGACCCGAUGAACGGCAAGGAGGGCCGUCGGUAUCGGUACCAGGUGCUGGAGAAGGGCGGCAGCCAGGACGAGAUGACGACGCUGACGGAGUUCCUGGGCCGGCCACCCAAGACCGAUGCGUUCUACAAGGACAUGGGACUGGCCUAG